CGGGCGCUGUGCUACCGCUGCGCCCUCGUGUCCAGCUCGGGGCAGAUGCUGGGCUCCCGCCUGGCACAGGCCAUCGACGAGCAGGAGUGUGUCCUGCGCAUGAACCAUGCCCCCACCGCGGGCUACGAGGAGGACGUGGGGGUGAGGUGCACCAUCCGGGUGGUCUCACACACCAGCGUCCCACUGCUGCUGAGGAACCAGCCCUACUUCUUCCAGAAGUCCAAGGACACCCUCUACAUCAUCUGGGGGCCAGCAAAGAUGAUGAACAGGGAGAAGGUGGGCCCGACCUACCAGGCACUGCUGAAAGUGAUGCAGAUGUACCCUCACCUGGAGAUCUACACCCUGACUGAGGAGAAGAUGACAUACUGUGACGAUGUCUUCCAGAACGAGACAGGGAAGAACAGAUUGAAGUCUGGCUCCUUCCUGAGCACGGGCUGGUUCACCAUGAUCCUGGCCAUGGAGCUGUGCGAGCAGAUCCGCGUCUUCGGCAUGGUCAGCGACAGCUACUGCAGGGAGAAGAACCACUCGAGUGUGCCAUACCACUACUUUGAGAAGGGCCGUAUGGAUGAGUGCAAGACGUACCUGGUGCACGAGCAAGCCCAACGUGCCGGGCACCGCUUCAUCACCGAGAAAGCCAUCUUCUCCCGCUGGGCCAAGAAGAAGAACAUAGUCUUUGCCCACCCAUCCUGGGCAGGCGGGUAG